GAUCACCCCCACAUAUUCAACAUACAUGGAAGUGUCCUUUUUGCAGGGAUUGCUGGGAAGAAGAAGGAGGGUGUCGAGCUUGGGACUUUGGAAAGGCAGUUUUAGUCAGAGCCAGUUUGAAAAGGUAAGAAAUCCUCUGUUCUGCUGGGACCAAUGGGGCCCAAUGUCGGCUGGGAGGCAAAUGGAGACUCUUUACUCGGGAUAUAUGGAGAGAAAAUCAACUUUUCAGAUCAUCGUCACCAUGAUGGACGAGCAGAUACAAGAGGACCACAGCAAGCUGAAGCAGGGCCUAGUCAAAGUCCUCCAGUGCGUGGCCACCAUCUCGUCGGCGGCGGCCGUGGUCAACCCCAUCUUCGGUGUGGCGGGCUCCCUGAUCCGGGUGGUGCUGCACCACGUGGACGACGAGGACAUCCGCACGCUGAAGCGCGAGUUCGGCUCCGUCCACCAGAGGCUGGACGAGCUGUCCCAGCAGAACCGCCGGACGCUGGUCCAGAUCGAGAAGGAGACGCUGGACAGCCAGUACUGCCACGUGGAGGAGAACCUGAAGAACCAGUUCAGGAAGUUCAUGGCCAUGGUGGAGGCGCGGCCGGAGCACCGCGACGGCAAGAAGGACGACUUUGAGGAGAGCUACGCCAACGACGAAGGCGACCAGAACCUGCACACGCUGUACGACGGCGUGGUGGGCACACGGAAGCUGUUCAGCCGGCCCAUCCUGGAGGUGUACCUGAAGCACUCGCAGGGCGACCGCCGCGUCAUGGAGCGCCUCUGCACGCGCCUCACGUACCUGUUCUGCAUCGGCCUCAUCGCCCUGAUGGGCUACGCCGCCAUCAUCGGCGACGACGAGGAGGAGCUGAGCGAGAAGUGGACCGGCCAGAUGGAGAAAGUGCAGGAGAAGAUGCAGGAGGCGCUGCGCAAGUGCACAUGAAGAAGAGGAGGAGGAGGAAGGGAAGGUUAACAUUCCCACUUCAACUCCCACUCUCUCUGUCCUCAUAAUCUCCUUUUUACCACGCGAACCUGAAGGCAACGUCUGCCAAAUCCCGCUGCACGCAAACAGGCUGUCGAUUGGCUGCUUUCACAUCACAGCCAAUUAAAACAUAGAGAUAAAUUCACCUUAAUCAAAUAAAAACAUUCAUUUAGAUUUAAUUUGUUUUAAAAAAAAACAUUUAGACACAAAUGUGUAUUUUGGGGGCGGAUCAGAAUCGAAGAAACGAGAAAAAGCACAAAAUAUUACCAAGUAUUUUUGUCUAAUUUCUAGUGCAAAUGUGAGUUCACUUGAAAUUAGACAAAACUAAAGUAUAUAAGCUUGUCCAGUUUCAUGAUAUAAAAUCACAUUUCUGCCCAGUGGAAAACUGGCCUUGUGUUGGGAAACUGUUGCCAAAGUAACCAACGAGCGUCUGGACGUUUCCAGAAUGAUGAAUGUAAAAGAAAAAAAAAUCACCAUGCAUGACCUGUGAUCACACGUCCACCUUUACGUUGAGUUAUGUAAUUUCUUUUUACAUAUUAUUAAUAAUUUGUACACUAUUAUGAGCUGAGAUCUUUAUUUAGGUGAUAAAACUUUAUAUUUUAUUAAUAGUUAAAGACACUAAGUGAUGAAAAUAGGACAUUUCUUUUAUUUCCAGCCACACUACACUUUCUUAUUCUCUGUUGGGAGGAAAUCAGUUCAAUUUAAGAGAUUUGCUUAAUCUCCUGUGCAAUUUUUGUGUAAAAAUCAUAUUUUUGUUUCCUGUCUGCAGCUUAAAGCGCUUUUCUUUACACGCAGGAAAACUGGACCCUGAACGUCUCCUGACAUGUCAGAUAUGUGAAUAUGUUCAUGAUUUUUUGUUUUGUUUGGGUUUAUAAAUGUUUUAAUUGACAUAAAUAAAGAUGUGAGAAGAAAACUUA